GGGAACCUAUUGAAGCCUCCCUCCUCAUCUUUGCCAUUAAUCUCACUUCAUUUGUUACUGUAAGUUGGUGCGGAGGACCCUGUGGAAGACAAGCGGACUUUCAUUCUAGGAGCCUGUUUGCUGAUGGUCUUGUGCCAGCGGAUGUCCUCCCCUGGGGAAGCUGCCCUGCCUCCCCUCCCUGGCCCUUACUCCUUUGGGACCCUCCCUGUGCCACUUGCAGCUGAGACCCAGGGAGCAGAAUUAACGAGCAAAUUGAAACAGACUCUAACCAUGGCACAGACACCUCCAGUGAACUGUCACACACUGUGUUUGCUGUGUGCGCUCUUUAGAAAUGCUGGCUGACUUUAGCAGGAAAGGUGCAGUAUGUCCAACAACAUGGCCAAGAUUGCAGAUGCUCGAAAGACGGUAGAACAAUUGAAACUGGAGGUCAACAUCGAGAGAAUGAUGGUAUCCAAAGCAGCAGCUGAACUGAUGGCCUACUGUGAAAGUCAUGCCAAGGAAGACCCUCUAGUGACACCAGUACCCUCUUCUGAGAACCCGUUUCGAGAGAAGAAGUUAUUCUGUGUAAUACUAUAACCCCCGCAUGUACAAGACAAAUGUCUACGCAUUAACACAAUUUUAAUGUGUGAAUUCAGUGUCAGCUUUAAUGACAAACAAAAACAAAAACAAAAGAAAACUUUGUUGUUGCUUUUUUUUUUUUUUUUUUUUACAACAUUCAGUUUUGUAAUUAAACUUUCUUUUUGGUGACUAACUUUACCUGAGGAACGCUCAUCAUUUGAACGUGGUAAUAAUGGCAAUAAAGAUUUCUUGUAAA